AUGGACAACAUACAUACUGCCCAGAGAGAGGAUGCCGCGAAACACGAUGGUGUCAAGAUAACCGCACAGCCCCAUCCAACACUGGAGGAGUAUGAACGGCUAUUCGGGGUUGACGAGGACGCAUAUGAACAGCCAACGACCACCAGGAAGGAACUAUGGUCCUACUAUCUCUACUACAACGGUGAUAAUGGCGUUGGCCCGGGAUCAUACAGCCAAGCCCUCUUCCAAUGGGCCCUGAAUGGAGCCGGACAUCAACCGGACACGAAUCCGCCAAAGCCUUGCAGCGAUUCGUCCGCAUGUGUUGUGCCAUGGGCAGGAGGCACGCGAUCGGUAUCCUCGGUGGUGCUCAUCGCAAACGGUCUCUGUUUCGCAUUCAUGACUGUGAUAUUCGUGUGGCUUGGGAGUUCUGCGGACUAUGGCACAUUUGGUCGAUGGCUUCUCUUGGCAUUGACGGUAGUAUGCUGGGCACUGCAAUACGGCAUGAUGGCUAUCCGGCAACCAAGUCAGUGGCCUGCAGCGAUGGGAAUGUAUGUUGUGGCGUAUGUCUCUUACGGCGCGACGCUGGUCUUCUAUGCUGCUGUCUUUCCUCGCCUGGCUCGAUAUACGCCACAUGUGCGUAAAGCUAGGGAGGAGGAUUUGAGAGAGGGGAAGAUCGAUCAGGAGGAAUAUGAUGCUAUUGAGUCUUUGGAGAGGAAUCAUAUUAGCAACAUAUCCACUGCGCACAGUAACAUUGGAUACCUGCUCACUCUCGUCCUCAAUCUGAGUGUCCUACUUCCUCUACAAAACAACAGUUACUCGAAUAACCUAGCACUCUGUCUUACCAAUUCAUAUUGGGUCGUUCUUGGCAUCUGGUGGUUCAUCUUCCAACAAAAACGAUCGGGUCCAAAGAUCCCCAAAGGCUCAAACUACGCAACGAUCGGAUUCAAGCAGAUAUGGCUCGCCAUUCGAGAGAUCAGAUCCCUUCCCCAAACAUUUCUGUACUUUUUCGCCUACUUCUUACUUGCAGACGGCUUAAACACAACUGGUACCCUCGUCAGCAUCAUUCAAAAUGACUAUGUUUCAUUUUCAUUUCUACAGAUCACCUAUCUCGGCAUCACGCAAGCUGUCUGUUCAAUCACAUCUACUCUCGGCUUUUGGUACAUACAGCGAUACUUCAAGUUCAAAACAAAGACCAUGUUCUUGUUCACCAAUUUCUUCAGCGUCCUCAUUCCACUUUGGGGUAUGAUAGGGUUGUGGACUACUCGCAUCGGAUAUCAUAAUAGAUGGGAAUUCUAUUUCUACAACGUCAUUUUCGGACUCUUCCAAGCCCCAUACUACGCGUACGCUCAAACAAUGAUUAGUGAGCUCAUGCCCCGCGGCUACGACAAUAUGUUCUUUGCUCUAUUUGGGAUCACCAAUCGGGCUUCUUCAAUCAUCGGUCCCAACGUCAUCCAGGCCAUCAUCAACAAUACCCGUAACAAUUGGAUGGGUUUCCCGUUUCUUUUUGCGAUCUGCGCUGGAGCCAUGAUUACCAUCUGGUUUGUGAAUAUCGAGAAAGGCCGAGAAGACUGUCGCAAGUUUACCGAGCAGCGCAAGAUGGACCGUGUGGUGGCAGAAAGUGGACUAGAUGCCGAUGCUAUUGCAAAGGGGAAGCAAACUGUUAAUAUUGUAGAUGCUCCCGAAUUGGGCGAUGGGAACGCGAGAAGUUCGGCUUUGGAGAAUUAA